AUGUCAGAGGCUACCCUGGAGGUGGCGCAAAGUCUGGAGCAGAUGGGAUGCUAUGGAUCGAUGGAGCAACGGGUCCUCGAGGGCAUGAGGUGUCAGCGGCUGGAAGUCUAUGCCUUCCAUCGAAAUGCAGCUGCGGCAUGUUGCACUCGACGAUUUCAAUGGCAGAGAGCCUUGGAACUCUUGGGACGAACGCUGAAACGGCGCAACAUGAGCGCGGCGGUGAAUGCAUUGAAGCAGGCAGGCAGAUGGCACUCAGCCUUCGGAUUGCUGGCAUCAUUUUCUGAUCGAAAGAUUGAAGCUGAUGCCAGUGGAUGCAAUGCUUUGGCCAGUGCAUUAGAACGAUUCGAAUCAAAGUCCUGGCAGCAGCUCCUGUCAUGGCUUCAAGGCCUUCCAACGCUGGAUGAGGACAUGACCUUCCACUCGCUGUUGCGGGUGUCAUCCUGGAGCCUGUCCCUGGCAGUCUGGAGGUCUUUGAGCCAAGCAGCCUCCAAGGCCACAGAUUUUUCGGACUGCAUCGGACUCAACGCCCUGAUGUCUCCAUUGGCCCGAGCAGGGCGGUGGCAGUACGCCUUGGGCGUCUUUCAGUUGUUCAAAGCUCUAGGGGUAAGGUGUGAUGGUGCAAGUUAUUCCACCGCAAUGGAUGCCUCCAAAGAUAGUUGGUCAAGCGCUCUCGAGCUGCUUUUGCGAAUGAAGUUUCACACACUUGCUCCAUGCCGCUUUCAAUACACAGCAGUUUGUGAUGUUUGUACUGCGGCAGAAAACUGGGAGAGGGCAUUGGAUGUGUUCGAUCUGUCAAAGGCUUUGGACACAUGGGAUGUUCUUCUUGGAACUUCUGGUCUUGCAGCUAUCUCCAAAAGCAGCAAAUGGAUGUCUGCUAUGUGGACAUUUGCCACACUGCCCCAAGUGUCUCUGCAACCAAAUACCAUCACCAGCACCUCAGCCUUGAGUGCUUGUGAGAGAGGCAGACAGUGGCAGAUGGCCCUGCUUUCCAUGAACGAAAUGUUGGAGAAACGCCUGGUCAAUGAGCUGUCCUUCAGUAGCACCAUGCACGCUUGUGAGAAGUUUGGCCAAUGGAAGCUUCUCGCAUGCCUCCUUGCAACGAUGACAGCCAUUGAGCUUCAAGCCAGCAGUACGGUCUACACCUCCGUGCGGCCUCCUGCCGCCGGCGGGAUGCCAUCGUUUGCGGAGACCCUGCAACAGACCGGUGAUGUCGUCACUCGGGCGCUGAAAAAGUCUCCGAACUGCCGACGGCAGAGGUCAAAACGGCCUGGCCGGGGCGUAGCCGCCAGAGUUGUGGCCCCCCGUGAACGCCAAGGGGUUGGAAUCCCUGUUCCCGUGGCUUCAUUGGAGACCGGGACCAUCCGGGACCGCGGCGGCGCCAUGGAUGACAAAGACAUGCAGUUGGCCAAAGUCGUGGAGCUGUUCACCAAGUUUUCGAAAGAUGGCAUGGUUCUAACCGCUUCACUGCAGCGAAUCCUCUGCAGCUGCGUCCCGUUGUCCGAGACGGACGUGGCGCGGCUGGUCGAGGCUAUGGAUACUCAGAAAUCUGGAAAGGUGCCUCUGCAGCACUUCAUCAGUUGGAUGUUCCGCAACUUCGAAGACCAAAUCGAGGAAUGGAAGACGGAUGCUGAGUUGGAAAAUUUCACCUCUACCUUGCCCGAAGGACUUCAGAAGCUAGGCCUGAGCUUUGUGGAUCCCGACAAGUUCACGGAUCAUGGCUUUGGACUCAUCGGUGCAGGCCUCCCAGCGACCUUGAAGACUUUGGCCUUGGCCUUUGAGUUCUCGUGGACGGAGUGCAAGAUCUCCAAAGAUGGCUUUGGCAAACUGGUGGCUGGCUUACCAAAGGGCUUAACCUCCUUAGACCUCAGCAUCCACAACGAUGAACUGGGAGAUGAGGCCUUGAAGCUUUUGGCCGAGGUGAUGCCUCCCACGAUGUCGCGCGUAGUGCUGCACUUCAAGGACAACGAUUCCUUCAGCGACACAGGUCUCUGCGCUCUCAUAUCAAGUCUUCCCAGCAGCCUCACAGAGUUGAGUCUCAACUUCGACGCCAACGGCCAGUUGUCCGAUGCCACGUUGACGACGCUUGCAAUCUGGCUGCGUGAUACUGGCAAAGCACUGCAGAAGUUGCAGUUCAUUGGCAACAGCAGCCCCAAGAUCACAGAGAAUGGGUUACAUGAUCUUUGCUCCGCGCUGCCCAAGAUGAAACAAUUGCGGUUAGAGUUCCAGUCCAGCGAUGCAGCAGACCUGCCGGGGCAGUUUAUCACGAAGCAGGAAGAAUUCGUCGUGUUUGUGCCACACUGAAAGGCAGAUGUGGCACUGUGGGGAAGACCACCCACGCCAUGCGCAAAGUGGACCUUCUGGGUGUUUUCAAAAUGAAACAAAUGGACCUAAAAUGACUCAAGCGUGCUUCAACGUGCUUUAACGUGAAAAAAAUUGAAUCUGG